GACCUCAUUGUGGAUCAGACCAUAGAGAAGGUUUCGUUCUGCGCCCCCGAUCGUAAUUACGACAAGGCUUUCUCCUACAUCUGCAGAGACGGCACCACCCGGCGCUGGAUGUGCCACUGCUUCAUGGCUCUCAAAGACUCGGGGGAGAGACUGAGCCACGCGGUCGGCUGUGCCUUCGCCGCCUGUCUGGAGAGGAAGCAGCGCCGCGAGAAGGAGUGCGGCGUCACGGCUUCAUUUGACGCCAGCCGCACAUCGUUUGUUCGUGAGGGAUCGUUCCGCUCCAACCCAACCUGCCAGCAGAGCAGCGACAGAGAGGACAAGCUGCAGGACAAGAGGAAAGACCAGCCCUCCUCUGUCAUGCCGGCCCCCCCCCCUGGCUCCGCCUCCCCUCCCGAGGGUGAGGAGUACCCGAUGGACCGCUCAGAGCCCGGGGGGCCGCGGGCGAUCCCUCGCCGCCACGCGCCCAUCGAGCAGCUGGUGCGGCAGGGGUCCUUCCGGGGGUUUCCGGCCCUCAGCCAGAAAAACUCCCCCUUCAAACGGCAGCUGUCGCUCCGCCUCAACGACCUGCCGUCAACGCUGCAGCGCAAGACCGACUACCAGGACAAGAACCCUGAGAUGAACCUGGGGUUGCAGGAUGAGGACGACGGCACCAUCAACGCUCUCUGCAGCCAGAUCAACAACUCCUUCACCAAUCCAGCAGAGGAGAUGUUCCACAACCCCUGCUUCUCUUCAAAUGGUCCUCCAGCCUGCACUGCGCCCCCCGCCCUGCCCCCACCACCGGGAACCCUGCAGGGUAAUCCUUCCUGGGUGCAGCCGGAGCUCCACUCCCCUCCUCCUGUGGCGAUGCAGAUGCAUUGUGGACACCGGCGCACCCCCUCCGAGGCCGAGCGGUGGCUGGAGGAAGUCUCCAAGGCUGUGAAGGCUCAGCAGACCCCUCCUCCAGGCCCCUCCAUCCCCAUCAUCCCCGGACCCCCCUCCAUAUCUGCUGUGUCCACCAUCCCCAUGUCCCUCGGCUCCAUGUCCAAACCUCUGCUCUCGGGCCCCCCUGCUCUAUUAGCUCAGGCACCAAUGCCCCUCCCACCCAUGUCAAUAUCAUCAGUUCCUCUAAUACCCGGCCCUCCAGUAUCUGGUCCCCCUAUGUCUCUACCUUCCAUGUCCAUCCCCACCAUGUCCGGUCCCAGUAUGUCCGGCGCCUCCAUGCUCCAGCCUUCCCUCUCAGGGCUCUCAGGCUCCCUCCCCAGCUCCAUGCAGCCCUUCCCCUUGGCUUUUGACACCACCCCCGCUCCGGUGGGAAUGUUCGGCUCCCAGCCUGUCCAGCCGGCCUUCGUUCCCAUGCAGACGUACAUGCCCGGCCUGGCCAGCUCUAUGACAUAUCCCAACGCCAGCGUGCCUGUGGUGGGCAUCACUCCGUCGCAAAUGGUGGCGAACGUCUUCUGCACGGCAACAGGCUCAUCAGGUGGAGGUGGAGGUUUAUCGAUGGGACUGGGAAUGACCGGGGGGCACCAUUCCUACCCUGGAUUACCGGGGUUUUCCACACCACCUUUCUCUCCCACUCCUCUGUUAUCAUCAGCCCUUAAUGGCCUCCCGCCGCACAGCAGCGCCUCCAUGGGCCUCCAGAACGGGACGUCCAGCAGCGGGAGCAGCUGGCCUCCAGAGGGCAGCCAGCUGACAGCUCCAGCACCCCAAGAAGAUGAUCGAUUCGAGGCCAAGUGGGCGGCUCUGGAGGCUAAACCUCCGCAGCCGGGGAACAAAGCACCAGCUGCAGCGGCAAACCCCUUCUCCAACAAUCUUCAGAAGACUUUUGAGAUUGAGCUUUAAGCAAGAGUUGACGUCCCAAAGCUGUAGACCUGGAGUUAGACCUGGAGUUAGACCUGGAGUUUAAACGGGAUGCAGGUCUUAAAGUUAGCCUAGCAUCCAAUCUGCCCGGCAACCUGCUCAAAGCUCUCAUAGGAGUUAAUGAUAUAAUGAUCUUAAUUGCUUUCUUGACACUCCCAUGAGAGCUUUGAAGACGUUGGCGGUUUGCUGGGCUGUGAUUUGGAGGAUCUAGCUCACAAGACUUGAGGGGUUGAAUCCUCCGCUCCACCCGCUAACCACCUCCCUGCUUUCACUGCUCUACUCCGACCUUUACUUUAUUGCUGCAAGUCCCCGGAUGUACUGUACGUGCCCCCCGCCUGAGGACAUUAUAGAGGGGCACAACUCAGUGGUUUCUUUCUUAAAAAGCGGGACUCAGAUGCAUUCCAAACUCGUGAGAUAUUUUCUUUCUGGUGGAUGUGCAGAGAAGUGAUGCUGAGCAUGGAAAGGAUUAGCCAAUGAAGUAAGACCCGACCCUUCCAGCCCCAAAAGGACUUACUCACUAAUAGUAGAGAUUUAUGGCCAAAUUAUUUUAUUUAUUGUACUUCAUUUUUAUUUUAACAAGUUAUAUAUACUUUAAAAAAAAUCUAAAUCUUAAAGCAGUGUUUUUUUUUUAUCCCAUAUAUUUAUUUUAGCUGAGAGGAGGGAAACGACAGGUCGCUUAAAAUGUGUGCAAAGCAUUGUGGGAGUCAUGUGACAGGAACCAAAUAGGAUGAAGCAGUGUGUGGUGAGACAGUGAGUGUAUAUAGCGGCAUGUUUCUUCCACCUCACGUAUAUCCGCUCCACCGAGGCCCGAUGAGUCAUUUUGACUAAAGCCUUCCCUCAAGGGUUGCUGGGACAUGAAAAACAACUUCAGGAUAUCACACACACACACACACACACACACACACACACACACACACACACACACACACACAUACACACACACACAUACACACACACACACACACACACACACACACUCUGGACAGCACAACAGACUUCAUCUUCUCCAGAAACAUCUCAGUGGAAACACAAAAAAACCGAUGCACUACUUUACAGCAUUCAUACUCCUUUUGAUAUGUUUAAAAAACACAGGGUAUAGUCUCAUCACGUACAAUAUGAUUGUGUAUUCACCUCUGCUGCGUUACUGUUGCAUUAGUAUUGCACUCAUUACAGAGUUUGGGAUUGAUGAGAAGAGGUAAUAAGAUAAGAGGAACAUGAGCAGAGGCUUGGCAAAUGAAAGAUGUUUUGGAUGUGGGAUUAUUACAGACAUUUGAUUGAGUGAGUAACAGAAAGAAUACAUUGAUAGAGGUAAAAAAGAAAAGGAAAGGAAAGCCUGUAUGUGAGAGAUUGAAGGAGAGAAUGGAGUCAUAACAAAUUGAGAUGGUGGAAGUCUGAAGAAAGGAAAAUGGGAUAAGAUAUGAAAAAAGAGUGAGAAAGAGUGUGUGAAAAAUAUUGAGAACAAAGACACAUUCAUCACACAACCCACGCACUGUCUGCUGUUUCUACAUCCUUCUGUCUCAAAGCCAAGUCAAAUCCGUGUUCCUCGGCUCUUAAAAACCUCACAAAUUUGGAUCAUAUUUAAAAAGAUUAUUGCUUAUUAUAUUAAUUACAGCCUCAUAGUCAAAUGUGCAACACUAUCAACAGAGCUGUCUGUGUUUUAACUUGCCAUUCAGAGUCAUACAAGAAAACAUGAUGAAGCAGAAUCUUUAUUUAUAGACGCAGGUUGUUUCUGUAUGUUAUGUAGAAAGGGGAAACUUUGUUCCUCCAGAAUGUAAUUGUGUGGAUAUGGACUGUCGCUGAUUGAGUUUCCUGCUCGUUAACUCUUCACACUUUAAUUGGAUUAUUCCGUCUCUUCCUGUGGCUGCGAUCCUGUCUGGCUGCCUGUUUCUCAGAAACUUAAUGUAACCCAGGAAUACUUCAUACCAUGCCCUGCCUAAAACGAUAUUGUUUCCCCAGCAAAACCAAACUUUCAACCCUCCUCUCUCCUCCAAGACCAGACUCAUUGAGAUGAAAUCAAUGCUUUUAUUUCAUUUUAAAAUAUAUUUUAGACUCUCGUUUGCACGCCCUCCAAAUUAUAAAUGUAGGUUAAUUGUGUUCCGCGUUAAAGCAAACUAAAUGACCUCAUAAACUUGAUUGUAAAACCAUAGUUUAGUGAUGGUAACAAAGCAAACCAGUGGGAUUUAUUUUUAAUCUUUAUUUACAGAUUUUUUUGUAUUUAAACCUACAUAUUUGUAUUGUAAUUACAUUGUACAAAAGAUAAAUAAAGUAAUAUAA